AUGACAGCAUUUUGUACGGAUUAUGCUCUUGUUCCUAGCAGAAACAUUCAUCAGCUUUACUCACGAGGCACUGUUGGCUCGGGAAAAGUUGGUAUCCGUGCACCGGAAAAAAAAAUACGUUUUGUACUGAAAUGUCCGCUCUGGACAGUGAAUAUAAGGUUCCCAGUUGUGGUCCAACUUCCCUCCGAACGCGAACCGUAUCGGUUGAGUGAUCUGAGAGACGAAAAGUUGUACCUAAAAUUUCGUAAUGUCGUUUUAGAAUUACCGACUAAUGAUAUCACAAAAAUUUGGAAUCAGGGCAGGGUGACCAUUUCAGCGUCAGAAUUGCUCGGUUUUUUCACUGAGGUGAAUAGUGCUUGCCAAUCUAUGGGUGGUGAAGAUGUGCAGUUUCUGCUUGUUGACAGUAGAAAUAAAGAACAGAGUAACGCUGUAAGAAUCCAGUUUAAUUACAAUGUUCACAACAUGACCUGUGAUGCCGCUAACUUGAAUGCUUAUUCCUUGUCUGAGCAGCAGUAUGAUGGUUGCUCCCGAAUUGUUGGUCAGGAGUUGUCUUCUCUGGAAAAAGAAGACCUAAAGAGUCACGCAGCAAAAGCUAAUAGUCCUUUUUCUGUGAACGUCAAUCUAUAUGAAGGACAAAAGGUCCAAAGGGUAGGGAGCCGUGAAAAACUUUCCAGUUUUAGCAGCCAGUGUACUGAAUGUUCACGCUUCAAAUUCACAAUUUCUAUCGGUCACUUAAAUCUGCAGCUACCUAGUCAUCAAUUCUGCGAAGUUCUGUAUAAUCGAGUUGUAAAUGAUUUUUACCUUUGGUUAUGGAAUUGUUCACUUCUAAAAACACUUUUUUCUUCUCAUGGUGAACGAUUAGCUGAUGGUUCGGAAAGAUCGGAUAAAGGAAAAUUUUUGGAAAUGACUACUGGAGAUUCUGCAAACGUAUUAGCUCCUAAGCCAUCUGUUAAAGAGAUGAAUGUGUGCAUCGAACCUAAUUCUCAUCAGGAUGUUCCUCAGGAUCCUGCUGUUGACAAUAAUGUUGCAGUUGCGCUGCAUUCCAGUUAUUCAGCUAGCAAAAAUUCCAAGAAUGUUGUGGUAGCUUUUUCGCUCAGGAAUAGCACGUGCUACAUUGAGCCGUUUUCGGACUCUGAGAACCACUGGAUUGUCAAACUAGUUGAUUUUUUCAAAAUUGAAAACUACUUGGUUUAUGGAAGUGGUCAUCCGUCAUUAAACGCAGAAAUUCAUAUUCACGUGGCUUCAACAACUUUAACUUAUCCUCAUUUGGAUUCAGAAACUUCUUUAAAGUGUUUCGUUGGAUCUAGCGAUAUUUCUUGCGAUUUUUGCUCCAAUCCUAGAAAAUACUUGCUUUGCUGCAUUUUGGAAGAAAGUUUUUUACUACUUGGUACUAAAAAGUGGUCUGUGGAAGCCGUUUCUGAAAGCUCGGGUGUUUCACAAAUGGAAUAUAACUUUGUUAAAUUGAUUUCAUUGGAUGUUUUACAAUUUGAGAUAUCAGCAGACAGCAUUUCUUCUGAUCAGGAAAGCUCAACUCUGGAAAGGCUGCUGCCUACUUUUAAAAUGAGCUGUAAUUAUGGUUUGAUCAAGGCAAGUUUUGAAUGCGGUUUUAGUGAGUUGCCACUUUUUGUAUGUGCCGACUCUUUGACUUAUCUUCUCCACUUGCUUCUAAAUAUAGCGGAAAAUAAACAACAUCAAACAGCUUCAACUACUUUGAGUAGUUCUCCGCAAAGCUCAGAUAUUCUAAUUGGAACUCCCUUUGAACCAUCGUACCCUACAAAACUGGUAAAAGGCUCAUUUUCAAAAGAAACAGUUGAUGACUCAGACUUCUCACAUGAGCUGGGUACGAGUAUUACAAAAGGUGAGAGCUCUUCCGACUGUUCUGAUGACGAUUUUGUAACAGUUGAUAUGCGUUCGUGUUCUGAUAACGUGGAUACUCCACAAGUGCAUUUAUAUGAUAAAGAGCCACUUGAGAUAAAGGUGGAUUUUAUUGAGAUUCCGAGUGAAAAAAAUGAUAUGAUAUCGUCAAAAUAUAAAAAUAUAUCCAAGUCUGUAACGUGCAGGGUAAAGGACUUGUCCUUGGAGUUGCAUAUUUUUGGAGGAAAUGAUUUUGGCCCAGGGCGGGAAGAAGAGAAGGCAUAUAGUGAAAAAGCCUUUCGUGAUGGAAACGGCUGUCAUCAGAGAGUUUUGGAGGAAGAAAGAGGGGGACCCCACAGGGAUUAUUCCGUUCACGUGAUUUUUGAUUUGUCAAAAUUAAACUACGAAUAUGGCUUUAUCAAAAACAUUUCUCUAUCAAGUUACCAUUACUUUGCUGUAAAGAAUAUCGAAGUGCGGAAUAAGCUUUGUACUUCUCAGAUCGAUAAAGUAAUGUUGCAGUAUUCAUCUCCUAAUGUACCUCGACGGGAUUCUGCUCCCAUACUCGCUGUUAGGCUGAUGACGAACCAAAAACUAGAGAGAAAGUUACGAAUUUCUUUAUUACCUAUCAGACUGUAUCUGGAUGUUGACACUCUCGAAUUUCUUUAUGACUUUUAUACGGAAUCAUCGUCAUUUUUCAAAGAUUUCAAGACAAAAUAUGGUAUUGCAAGAACUGCAGUUUGUCGGGAACGUAUUACCAUAUCGCGUAGUACGGAUUCCUUCUCACAUUCGGCUUUGAAAAUUUGUGAUUUGAAUCGCAAGGCUACUUUUGACGGUAUUGGCUUGUCAACCUUGUCAAACUACGCCGCUCCAACUUCUCAGCUUUCUGAUGAAGCAAAGAAUAAGAAAAUUGACAGCAGUGAAAGUAACUUAAAUGAGGGACAGCUUAAUAGCGAUGAUGAAAGAGAAACAGACAGUCGUUUGGAACGAGAGAAGGAUGAAUUAUAUUUUAAGGAGUUUACUUUCUCACCUUCAGUACUUAUUCGUUUUGACUUUGACAGCCAACGGGUUAUUACUAACAGAGGUCCUUUGUUGGCUAUAAUAACUGCUUUAGCCAAUCUUCAGUGCGCAGAAAUCAUUUUAAGGGACCUUUAUAAUGUUGAUGGAAUGCUUGGAGUUAAACAGUGCUUAGAUUAUGCUCUUAGUGAAUGGACAAGAGAUAUCAGUACUAAUCAAUAUACUAAGCUUAUCGGAAGUUAUGCACCUAUAAGUACACUUCUACAACUGGGGAAAGGGGUGAAAGAUUUGUUUAUUAUGCCUGUUGAAGAAUACCGUAAAGAAGAUGGGCGCAUAGUAAGGGGGCUGCACGAAGGAGCUGAAAGUUUCGGAUUCUCAACCACAACAGCAGUUGUUGACGUUGCUCGGAAAGUAUUUGGGGGGAUUCAGGGUCUUGCUGAAUUUGCCUUAGACGUUGUUUCGCCUGAAAGACCUUAUUUAAAUAGUAGGACUUCUGAACGGAUUUCUCACGCUGGACAAGAUCGUCCAAAUGACUUGAAACAAGGGUUUCACAUGGCUUUAGGAACUGCAAAGGAGGGUGUACUUGCUUUGCAAACGGAAGCAGAGCAAAGUAUAGCAAACGCGCGUAGACCAAUGGAUUAUAUUCGAGACUUUUCACCUGCAUUUCUUGGGACGGUAGCUUUUGGAUCUAAAAUGGCAGUUCAGCUACUCGACGGUGUAAAAAGCGAACUUGAACCAGAUUCUUACCGGUAGGA